AUAAACGAACUUAAGCCUAAUCAAAUUGGAUGCGUCCAAAAGAGAAAAUGGGCUAAUGGCUACAUCGCCCCAAAUUUCUCACCUCGCCUCAGCUGUUCGUGCCGCUCAAAAAUCCGCGUCUUCCACUCUGGUUUCUGCACGCCUUUAAUCACUCUUUGAGAUAAUGGCGUCUCUGGUUUCUCUGCCCUCCUCUUACCUCACCCUUUGCCUUUCUAACGACAAACUCUUCUUCGGUCCUAUUCUCCCCGUGACCACAAGCACAAGGCAUAACUGGGACUUAACCAAAUCUGGGAACUUGAGAUUCUGUACAUUUAAGUCCAGACUCACAAGAACCAAAGAGUCUCCUUCGACAAACCCCACUACGUUACUAAAAGAACCUCACAAGUAUUUUGAUCAAGUAAUCAUCACCGUCCGUUCGGGGGAUGGCGGCCACGGUGCCAUCCUUAGCAUGCCUGACCAACAACGAGCUGCGAAGUCACAAGGAAAACGUGAGAUUAAAGACAAGUCAAAGAAGAAACCAUCGUAUAAAAGGGAUUUUGAUGGGUCACUUAUCCUUCCAAUGGGUGGUCAUGGUGGAGAUGUAGUCAUUUAUGCUGAUGAAGGGAAAGAUACGUUAUUGGAACUUCAUAAGCACAGCCGGCAUAAUGCAAAACGUGGUGGCAAUGUUGAUGCCAUGGGUGUUUUAACUUCUCAAUUGCGUGAUGGUCUUGCUGCCCCAACUUUGCGUAUUGCUGUUCCUGUUGGCACAGUUGUGAAACGCAAACGUGGGAAGUUAUUGGCUGACCUAGCACAGCCGGGUGAUGAAGUACUUGUUGCUAGGGGCGGUCAAGGAGGGAUUAGCUUGUUAGAAAUGCCAGAAUACAAAAGGAAAAAGUUGUUGUCUUUAACCACAAACGUGAUGAGAGAUGACGGUGAUAAGGUUUUAGUUCUUGGUCAGCCUGGUGAGGAGGUUAGUUUGGAGUUGAUUCUUCGAGUUGUUGCUGAUGUUGGGUUAGUUGGGCUUCCAAAUGCAGGCAAGUCAACCCUUUUGGCUUCCAUUACACUUGCAAAACCUGAUAUUGCCGAUUAUCCUUUCACAACAUUGAUGCCAAACCUUGGGCGGCUUGAUGGUGACCCUGCUUUAGGGGCAGGUAAAUAUUCAUCUGAAGCAACAUUGGCAGACUUGCCUGGUCUUAUAAAAGGUGCACAUUUGGGCAAGGGUCUAGGUCGCAAUUUCUUGAGGCACUUGAGGAGGACACGUUUGUUGGUCCAUGUUGUUGAUGCAUCGGCUGAGGACCCUUUGAAUGACUACAGAACUGUCAGAGAGGAGCUGCGGAUGUACAAUCCUAAUUACCUGGAACGACCGUAUGUUGUAGUGCUCAACAAGAUUGACCUUCCUGAGGCAAGGGAUAAGCUUCCUCAUUUAACUGAAGAAAUCUUAAAGAUUGGAAGUGAUAUAGUACAUUCUGAGUUGGGAAUGAGUUCUAAAGAUGUAGUUCGAUCAUUGCUCACUGAAGGUGGUGAAGUGGAUAUAUUGUCUUCAGUGGUUUCUGAUGAAGAUAAAAUGGAUAAAGGAGUUGAGGACUAUCCACGGCCCGCUGCUGUUGUUGGUGUUAGCGUUUUGAAAGGCAUCAGAGUAAAUGAGAUGUUGAAGGAAAUAAGGGCAGCCCUAAGGAAAUGUAGAGAUUCGAAUGAAGAAUUGGAAUUAAGUGUGAGAUCAUGAGAGUAAUACAGUUGUAAAUGUACUAAUUCAACACGUUCAGACUGGAGUUGCCCAUGUGAAGCUUACCACUGAUUUUUUCUUGAUUGGAUUAUACGUAAUGAUCUGUAGGAAAUCCCUUGAUUGUAGUUCAUAAAUAAGAUUCGAGUGACCUUGCCACUAAGGUAAGGUUUCAUAGAUGUGAUUUGUUUUGUCCUUUUUGUUAAUAUAAUAGUCCAAAGUCUGAAAAUUGCCAUUGUUUGUCACAGAAUCAUCUAAGCUGGGCCAAGUUUGUUGUUGAACGUAGAUUUACGGUUGAAACUUGAUAGCUACUUCUGUUACGUAUGGAUGAGUUGUGCCAGAUCCCUGUAGUUGGCCUUUCAUUUCACAUGUAGGUCUGCUUUCCAAGUUGGUCUUGCUGGGCUGCGCUUCCAUGCAUGGUAUUGGCCCAAGAAUUCAACUCUUUUUUUAAUAAUAAUAAUAAAAUUAGAUCAAAGAGUGCAACUCUUCAUUAAUCGCGUCAUAAAGGAGCCUCCAUCUUUAAUCCAGGAUUUUUUGUUUUGUGGGCGCAGCAUUUUUAGCUUCACUUGGUAAAUAUAGACUGUGAACUAUUGACAUUUUCCGUCUCCUAUAUAUUUCUUUACUUUCUGAAUACUCGUAAGUUUAAAAUCUACAGUUAGUAGAUCUAAUUCAUUUAUUCGUAGACAAACAAAUCGAGACUUAGACAUGAGUAAGGAGCUGCGUCGAUUAGGUAAAAUAGAAUAGAAAAUGGGGACAAUCGAGUUGGAAGUUGGAAGCCAAGGCAGAG